AUGGGCUUGUCGCCUGUUAAGGCGCUUCUGGUGCAAAUCCUGAAGCUUGGAAAGGAGACUUCACGUACUUUGGUCUAUAUGAUUGAUGAUCAGAAGUUGCAGAGCAUAUACCUGGAAGCCUUCCGAGAAACCGGUGGCAAGCUCCUGCCUUGGCACGGCCUGGUUGAUCAGGAAAUUUACGUUCAAGUCUCACAGAGUUACUAUAACCGCGUUGAAGGCAAAGAUGCAAACGUGCGGGACUUCUACCGGGUCUUUGAGGUUUCCGGGGUGGCUCACUGUGGAGGUGGCAAUGGACUGAUCCCAGGAACCCCCUCUCAGUCCUGGUCUGCUCGGUUGAACGAAGUUUUGCUCCAGAUUAUCUGCCAUCUGCAACUGCAGAUGGCAAGCAACGGCGAAAUCUUUGUCCAAACACGCUUGUCCUCUCAUAUACUGGUGGUGAUCAUACGAAGGAGUCCUUCAAAUGCGACACCUCUUACACUUGAAGGCACGCGGUCAUUCAAUUGGCAAGUGAGAUCCAGCGUUUUCUGCGGGGCCUAG